AGAAAUGCUGCUAACUAAACAUUUUUUUUUAUCAGUGUAACUUCUCGUACACCAUGCAAGGAUGUAAAAAUAAAUGUUGUACUUAGAAUCGUGGACGAUUCUUGAAGCAUGUCAAAAUGUGCACGUUUCAACCUUUGCUGAUGCUGCAAAGUAAACUGGACUAAGUUAGGUUAAAGUUCUGCAAACCCUUAACGCUCUGUUUACUCACCGCAGUUCGCGCAGGUUCGCGUGAGGUCAAGUUGCAGGACUCGUGAGAAUAUUCGGUAAAUUGUUGAGCUGGCACUAAGUUGAAAUCAAUUAUUUUAUCACGACUGCCAAAACAGACAAACGGGCACUACGUCGACAAUUUUUUCGAAUUCAAGCCUAAUUAUUGGCCCUUUUCUGUUUGCAGCUAAUUAUUGUGUUUACAGUGUUUGAGUAAGAGAAAACUGCUCGUCUAAAUAUUCCGAUAAUGGAUAAAAUAGCACUGGAUAGCUCUUCAGACGAGGAUGAUCCGUAUACAAAUUCCGUUGCUCGUUUGAGAGCAUUGAAGAAACAGCGUUUCGAAAGUGAUGAACCUGUUGAGAUAGUAAAGAACAUAGAGCAGCAAACGAAUGGUGAGGAGAUGAAAGACGGAGAGGUAGACGGCAGUGAGAUGAACGGUAAAGAGAUAAACGGUAACGAAGUAAAUGGUCAAAACGAGUAUGUCGAAGAAAUAAGAUAUGGUGUACAAACGCGAAGCAGGACGGUAAGAGGUAGAAGGAAUAGAAAUAUUAUUGCUAGGGCUAACCGUAUUACUGCUACUACUACUAGAGGUAGACGAAAAGAGGGAAGGUAUUUACCUGAAAAUUUAGAGUGCGACGUGGAAGUCACGGGAGAGGUAAAGCCCAAGUCGACUCUCCAAUCUAAUGAUGAUAUAAUUACACUGUCAGACGAAGAUACUUACAAAGAAGAUGACAACUAUGAGAUUAAUAUCAAAGUACACUGGAGAUCAAAUAGACUCGAUCGUUUGAGCAUGUGUAGACACGACAGUUUCAAAAAAAUUUUCGAAUAUUACGCCAAUCUGGAAAAAGUUUCUGUGAAUGAAAUCCUAAUUAUGAAGAAGGAUAAAAUUAUUAAUCACGCCGACACCCCUGCGUCGCUCAAACUUUCCAUUAUAGAUAUACUCGAUGGUGGGAUAGUGAAUCCAGGCAUGAACACGACCGAGGAGAAGAACAACGACGAGGACAUGUGCAGCAUUAAAGUGCAAACGGCGAACAAAAAACAGUCUUUGACCAUUCCACUUAGAAAGGAUGAGGGAUUUAAGGCGCUAUUCGCUAAUUGCGCCAAGCAACUUAAUGUGAAGGAGAAAGAUCUCAAGUUUUACUUUGAUGGAGAGCAGAUCGAUCCGACAGACACUCCGGAGUCCUUGGAUCUCGAAGGAGAAGCUUGCAUCGAUCUUCAUAUCUCUACAUAACAAGGAUAGAAGAUUUAAAAUAAGCAUGUGUUCAUUUAUAUUGUAAAUAUAUCAUUGCCGUUAUUUGAUAUGAGGUACACGUUAUACAUAAUAUUUUCUAUUAUUAAAUGUAUAUGGCUACCAAAUCUUAUUUAUAGUCUAUUAUGGGGGAGCUUUUUGAUUAGACAAUAUUUUAAAACUGCCAUUGAUGUGUAAAUUAUAUAAAUAAAUUGUGUUUGCAGAAACAUUCAUGUAAGAAAGAUGUAUAAAUGCAAAGAAUGUAAACCGGCUUUCGAGAUCAAACUAUAUUUAUGAUGGAAUUAUUAACGAUGGGUUUAAACAGAUUUUAAAAUACUUUAUUCGUGCUGCAACUUUGUUUCUAUGUAUAAUAGGGAGCGUGAUAUUUGUUACUACUUAUUAGUCUUACAAGAAUACGUGUUCGAAUCGAGUUAAUUGCUGCAUGCCAUCUUAAAUUACAGUAACAGUAUUAUAUAACGUUAUGUAAUAUGGUGUUAGAACUUAAUUCCUCCAAAAGGUAUUUUUACAACAACAACGAAUCAUAUAUUUAUAUAUAUUGUAAUACAUUAUUAUAUUAUACAUAAUGUACAUAACAUAUUGAUAUGCUCUAUAGGUAUAUAAGUGCGUUAUAUACAUAUAAAGCGCUCCCAAUAAUUAUUGUUUAUUACGAUUCUGCACAAUAUAUUGACUGUACUACAUUC